GCUCUUUUGUGCCCAGCCACUGGUCGCCAUUUUGAGGAUCGUCUAAAAAUCCGUGAGAGGUAACUUUAACUGUUACGCAGCAAACCUUUACGGUUUUUGUCUUUUAUUUAAAAAUUUCGUCAGUUCAAGGAUCAAUGUCUCGAUUAAACAAUCGCGGCGGCUUUGGAAUGAAUAACUUCCAACCGCGCCGAGGCGGCGGGCCCGGCGGCCCUAUGCGUGGUGGGUUAAUGCCAAACCCGCAUUUCAGAAACCACCCGUUCCAGAAUCCGAACCAAAACCGGAGGCCCCCCAAUAACAACGCCAACAAACCGCAAAAUCAGGGACAACAGAACACUCCACAGAAGCCACAACAAAACCAGCCCAUCAUUCCUCCACCGAGUCCCGGCCCGGCCUUGACUAUGAAAGGCCCGAUGCAGCAGGAGCAACAGAAACCGACACAACAGGAGCAGCAGAAACCAACACAGCAGGAGCAGCAGAAACCCAACACUCCUGCGUCUCAACCGAAGAUCCAGUCACCGCCUCCGAAACCUAACGUGACCACCACUCAGCCUAAUCAGGCGAACCAGGGCCAGCAGAUCAAGUCACCGAUUGGAAACGCAAACGGACAACAGCAGAAGCAGCCUCCCCAGCUGUCCCCGAAGCCCGAUCCUCAGCAGUCCCCGAAGCCCGGUCCCCAACAGUCCCCGAGGCCCGGUCCCCAGCAAGGUCCAAAAUCUGGACCACAACAGAGCCCAAAGCCAGGUGCUCAACAGAGUCAAAAGUCGGGUGUUCAACAAGGCCAGAAACCUGGAUAUCAGCACAGGCCUGGUCCUCAUCAAGGCCAGAGAGGAGGACCUCCACAAGGCCAAAGAGGCGCCCAUCAACACCACCAGAAGGCAGAGCCACCGAGGAAACAAGAAUCGAGGGGAGAGCCCACAAAUAGUGAUGCAACUGAGUCAGACGGAGGCCAAAAUAAGGAGUUUAAGGCAGCUCUGUCCAUGCUGUUGAAACCCGGCGAGAAGUCUUACACACAGAGAUGCCGUCUGUUUGUUGGUAAUCUGCCCAAUGACAUCUCUGAGGAUGAUUUCAGGAAGAUGUUUUCAAAAUAUGGUGAGCCCUCUGAAGUCUUCAUCAACAAAGGCAAAGGCUUUGGUUUCAUUCGACUGGAGUCCCGAGCAUUGGCUGAGAUAGCAAAAACAGAGCUGGAUGACACUCCGAUGAGAGGCAGACCCUUGCGUGUGCGCUUUGCUACACAUUCUGCUGCUCUGUCUGUGAAGAAUCUGUCUCCAUUUGUUUCCAACGAGCUUUUAGAAGAGGCUUUCUCCCAGUUUGGAAUGGUUGAGAGGGCCAUCGUUGUUGUAGAUGAUCGUGGUCGCUCCACAGGGAGAGGCAUUGUUGAGUUUGCUUCCAGAUCAGCUGCCAAAAAGGCAUUGGAUCGUUGCAACGAGGGUGUUUUCCUUCUCACCACGACACCCCGUCCUGUUAUUGUUGAGCCUCUGGACCAGUGUGAUAGUGAGGAUGGUCUUCCAGAGAAACUGGCACAGAAAAACCCCAGAUACCAAGCAGAGCGUGAGCAACCACCUCGUUUUGCUCGUCCUGGCACAUUUGAGUUUGAAUACUCAAAACGCUGGAAGUCUCUUGAUGAGAUGGAGAAGCAGCAGAGGCAGCAGGUGGAGAAGAACAUGCUCGAGGCUCGAGAGAAGCUGGAGAGUGAGAUGGACGAUGCUUACCACGAGCACCAGGCUAAUCUGCUACGACAGGAACUGCUGAGGCGACAGGAGGAACUGCGGCGUAUGGAAGAGCUGCACAGCCAAGAGAUGCAGAAGCGAAAGGAAAUGCAACUCAGACAAGAGGAAGAACGUCGCAGACGUGAAGAGGAGAUGCUUCGGAAGAGGGAGAUGGAGGAGCAGAUGCGUCGUCAGCGCGAGGAGAACUACAGGAUGGGCAAUUUUAUGGAUAGAGACAGGGACAUAAGAAUGCAUUCCAGUGGAGCCAUGGGCAUGGGUGACAUGUCCUUUGGUGCCUCCAGCCAGAAGUUCCCAAUGCCUGGACUCAACUUUGAAGCUCAGCAGGGAAUGGGAGCAUCUUCAGGAGGAUUGAUGGGCAACGAAAUGCGCAAUGAGCGCUUCGCCCAGGGCGGUCCUAGGGGCAUGGGGCCUGGUUCUGCUGGGUAUGGCAGGGUCCGUGAGGAGUUUGAUGGCCCGAUUAAGAAAGCCCGUUUUUAAAAUGCUGCUCUUUGAUGCUUCAAGCAGCACCAUUUGUAUAGAUUCUCCAAGACGAACAUGUUGAGUCACAUUUAUAUUUAAGUUUAAAAUGUUGCAAGCAUUUUAGUCAGGCAUUUUGCUCAUUUUAUAAUGAAGCCGAUAUUUUGAUUUUUUUAUUUUGUAUUAACCUUAGUGUGGAAAGAGAGGUCACCCUGGUGUGAUCUAGUUGUACUUUGUGACCAUGUAUCAUUUUCCUUUCUAGAUGUAUAAUGCUCUGUGCGUCGUCGUGAAGUGAUAACUGUAACUCUUUGAACCUCCUAUGGCUGUGUUUUGUGCCAUGCAUUUGGAGUUGAAGCAUGUACAAUAAUAAAGACACACUGGUUCCAUCAGGACAAACUUUUAACAUUUAUUCUUCCAGUUUAAUCAUGCAUUUGGAAAUUAAACCCCAACAAUGGGUCAUUGGCA